AAUUGUUGAUCUCUGGUUGUAAUGUCGAACAGAUGUCAACUACUAUAGUUAAACUGUUCUCUGUGUGAAUUAAAUGGACAAUGAAUAGAAAGUAAUAACUGUAAGGUAUAUGAAGACGAUUUUUAAGGUGAUUACUACUGUUGUUUUUUAAUUCCAAGUCUCGUUAGUGGAUGAUUACAGCAGGAGAACGUAUUUCUCCAAUAUAUCUUUUCUUCAACGUAUAACCCACUUACUGUGCUAAGCAAUUUCUUAGGCGUUUCUAUUAUCCAUUCAUGAACAAGUAAUCUUCUUUAGGAAUAGAAAUACUUAAUUUUUGAAGAUGAUGAUGACGAUAAUAGUAUCACUGUUUCGUUUGGAUCUUUUUAAGAAAAGAUACUAGUUUGAGUUUUAUUUAAAAAUGGAGACUUGAAUUUAUCGACAUGUUUGUUACAACAUUUUAAUAUCUUCGGAUGAUUUUAUUGGUGAAAUGUCUUUUUUUUGAUAUUAUGUAACAUGUAUUGUCUUUUACUCUUAUAUCUAGUUUCAAAAUGUUUAUUACUAGUUUAUAUUAUGGUUGAAAUUUUCUUUUUUUUUCAAUACUUUAGUAAUGAUUAUCACUAGUGUUUAUUAUUUAAAAGUCACAAUUUAUAACAGAUUAAUAUUUCUUAAAAUAAGUUGUUUCACUAAUUGUAUAAAUUUUAUUCAUUUAUCUUCAAUUUGAAUUUAACAAAAGUGAUUUUUGGCUUUUUCUAUUUUACUGUUUGUCAAAGUUAAUAUAUUAUCAAAUUAAGUCUACUAAUACAAUGUAAUAUCUAUAUAAGUAAUUAACCAAUCAAAUUAAAGUUGAAACUUGUUUGUAUGGUGAAUUGAGUAGAUGACCUUCACUUUGUGCAGAAUUAUGAUUAUUUUUAUUACAUAAAAUGCACACAUAAUAAUGUGACUAAUAAAAGUAUGUAAAAAGACAAUGAGACUGAGAAUUGAGUUGUUAUACAAUUUUAUCAAUCUAGUGAAAUUGAAGAAUCUAUUUAUUUGAUUAGUUUAUAACAGAACUUCUUAUAAUUUGUCCUAAAGUUUUUGGAUUAUUAUUAUUUUUAUAGAGUAAAAUAUACUUUUGAUAUAGAAUAUUAUGAUUAAAGAAAUGAUAUAAUAUUAUCUAUCAAAAAGAAUAAAUCAAUAAUAUGUCAAUUGAUAAUUUAAAGAAAUUCUUACAAAGUUAUGAUUUUGAAAAUUCCGGUGAUUUAAACAAAACAGAAUGGAUAACAUUAUGCUCUAAUUCAACAAUUAAUAUAUCUAGUGAAUUAUCAUUAACAUUGUUCAAUGAACUUGAUACAGAUAAAGAUGGAUUAAUUAAAAUAUCAGAUAUAUUACAAGAAUUACAAAUAUGGAAAGCAUCAAAUCAAUCAAAUUGUAAUUUUAAUCAUUUUGAUAGAAUUGACAAUAAUCAGUGUGAGAAUGAAUAUAAAAAUGAGGAAUUAAUUUUAGAACAAGGUAAUGGUGUUUUUGGUAAAAAUCAAACAGAUCAAUUAUCAAGAAUAUCCAAAUCGAAUAUAAAAACAAAUCCAGUUAUCUUAGAAAGACGUAAAAAACGAUAUCCAAUAAUUCCAUCGGAAAUAAUCAUACGAAAUGAAGGAAGCGAUCAAUGGAUGCCUAAAAAAGAAAUUAAUCCAGAUGGAUCAGAAGUUUUUACAGCUACACCUAUAGUCAAAACUCCAAGAUACAGUAGUGUUUGUGAAUUAGAGAGUGUAAUAUCACAGAAUUAUCCAGAAUUAUUAAGUCCAUUUAAAAUUGUUCUAAAUGAUUUUCGAAAUGAACUUUUACGAACUAAAAAAGAAAAAAUCGAUUUGGAAGAAACAUACAUGAAAGAGAAAGAAAAACGUAAAAGUGAUUUAUCUAGAUUAGAAGGUGAACUUGAAUUACAGAUUAAAUCAAUAGAGGAACGUGCCAAAUCGGAAGUACAUGAAAAGUUACAAAGUGAGUAUAGAACACUGGUCUCUAACAAAGAACAAGAAAUCACCGAAAUACGGGAACAAGUUGAAAGUUUACAACGUAAAAUUAAAAAUCAUACCUCUAAUUGUUGUGAUUCAAUGAAUAGUCCUAUUAUAUUGAAAAAAAUUACUGAUCCAUUUGAUAAAUCAAAUUCUUCUUUAAUUUCUUUACAUUAUGAACAUCUUAAUCAAAAUGAAACUAUAGAACAAAAUUCAUAUAAAAUUGAAUUACAAAAUGUUUUAUCAAUCCUAGCUCAAAGAGAAUUUGAAUUGAAAACACUGAAAGAUCAAUUAAUUCAACAAGAAGCACAAUUAACUAUGGAUAAACAUGAAUUAAUUAGUCAAGAAGAAGAGAAACAAAAUCUAUAUUCUCAAUUAAAUGUUAUGCGAACUACAAUGGAACGUUUAAAUAAAACAAACGACUACUUAUGUUCAGCGUUGCAUCGUGAAUCAAUUCAUAGGCCAAGUAGAACGUCACCAUCGAGUGCUUUCUCAGAAUUUAUGGAACAAAGUGAUAACAACGAAACCAAUGUACAGGAAUCAACAGGAAUUAACUUUCCAUUUGAACCGUAUGAAUUUGACAGUCUGGAAAAUAUUCUACCACUUCAACGCCAACAAAAUCAUCAUCUUGACUCCACAUGUCGACGCUCAGAUUACUCUAGUGAGAAUAUUAGCAGUGUCAGUGGUUCCAAUUAUGAUAAGAAUGAAUUUAUAGCUCUGGAAAAUAAUGCUGAAGAACAACACCCCACAGAAUCUUUAACACCAACACGUAUAUUUAAAGUGAUUUUAGUCGGGGAUUCAGGUGUUGGCAAAUCUAGUUUCUCAUAUCGAUUUUGUGAUGGAAUAUUUUAUCCACAACUUAGAACUACUUUAGGAGUUGAUUUUCGAACAAAAAAUAUUAAAAUGAAUAAUUCAGUGUACACUAUUCAAUUAUGGGAUACUGCUGGACAAGAGACGUAUCGUUGUAUUGUUCGUUCAUAUUUCCGCAAAAUUGACGGUGUAAUUUUAAUGUAUGCAGUUGAUCAACCUAAUACAUUUGCAAAUAUCAAAUAUUGGAUGGAAAUGAUAAAAGAAUCGACAAGUGAAGAAAAUGUUCCAAUUCUUCUAGUUGGUAAUAAAGUUGAUUUACGCAAUACCAGUAGUAACAAUACUAAAGAAAGUUAUAAUAAUAAUGAUGAUAUGAAACAUGAUGAAUCGCACAAGUUCAUCACAUAUGAAAUGGGUGCCAAUGUAGCUAAAUUACAUCAUGUUUCAUUCAUUGAAACAAGUGUGUUAAGCAAGCAUAAUAUUACAGAAGCUGUUGAACUACUUACGGAGGGGAUGAAGUUGAAUGAAGAUGAACAAGUUGCAGUUGUCACAUUAACUACAUCAUCGUCAUCAUCAUUGAAAAGAAAUAUUGGCAAAAUGUCUAAUACAAACAGAAAAAUGUGUUGUACAUAAUCUAUGAGCGUAUACAUACACAAAUAUUCACAUAUUGUAAUAUUUAUUCAGUUGUAUAUUUCAAUGAAUAACAAAAAACAAACCCCACAGAAUUCCAAUAACAUUGAUGAGAAAAAGACAAUGGGAUAGGUGUUGAUGAUUAUGACAAUUAAUAAUAAUAAUAAUAAUAAUAAUAAUAAUAAUAACUAGAAUUACCUAAGAGUAACCAGAAUUUAUUAGAUACAAAGUUAUUUGUCCAUUUCUCAAUUGAUUGGUUGAACUAUAUAAUUAAAUUAAUAAAUUAAUCUCUCAUUCUCUUUGUAUCUAUUGCGUAUACGCCCUUAUACAAAUAAAUAGAACAACAAGGAUACUCAUUAAAAUUAAUGUGCCUAAUGUGAAUCAUUCUCUUUAAAUAUUUUAUGCUUACUUCAUGCUUCAUUGUGUUCUCUGUCCAGUCAUCAAUAAACAAUAUGACAUUACAUUGGUCUCAUGUUUUGAUUAUCUGCUAUUUCCUAUUUGGAAACUGUAUUUCUUCAACACACACACACGUACACAAAAUGUAUCAUCAUAGAUAGAGUUUAUAAAAGACAAUGCAUAGGCAAUAAUAAUAUCAAUAUCCACAUAAUUGAUUUUUAUCCAAAAUAAGAACAAUCAAUUGAAUUUCAUUGUUUCUUCCUAUUUUUAUUUUGUUAUGAUUAUGACAAAUUAUAUUGAUCUUUUUAAUGUUUCCGUGACCCGACAACAUUAAAUCUAGAAUUUAUCUUCAUUUUUCAUUUAAACGACACAUCUUUUAUUUUAAUUAUUGUUAUUACUGUUAUUGUUAUUAUUGGAAUUACUUUUUCUAACUACAAGUCUAAUGUAAAUGAGACAAAUUC